AUGCCACCACCAUCACAACCACCUACAAUCACUGUCCAUUGUUAUUCUAAUGGGUUUACAAAGAGUUCACGAGAUGACAAAGAUAAGGAAGAGUGCACGGAGCAGUUGGUGGGACUAGCGACAUGUUUGCCAUAUGUUGGUGGCAAUGCAAAAUCUCCCACACCGGAUUGUUGUAAUGGUUUGAAAAAAGUGUUGAACACUAACAAGAAGUGCUUAUGUGUGGUGAUAAAAGAUAGAAAUGAUCCGGAUUUAGGCCUCACAAUAAAUGUCACGCUUGCAUUAGGCCUCCCUACAGUGUGUCAAGCUCCUGCUAAUGUUACAAAAUGUCCGGAACUUCUCCAUUUGGCUCCAAAUUCAACGGAUGCUCAGGUUUUUCUUCAAUAUGGCCACUCUACUACUGUUGGUGCUCCUGCCAAUAGCCCUGUUCCAAGUGCUAUUGCUAACGUGACAAGUGGAACGAGUACUAAGCGACCAAGUGGCAACGUGAGUGGUACUGAAAGGACAUGUUUAAAAUGGAAACUCAUUCUUAUGGGUGUCAUGUCGUGCAUUUUGGCUUCAACUAUCGUUAUCUAGAUUUCUAAUGGUCUCAUAUUUGUGUAUUUUGUAGAGUGGUGUAUUGGUUUUUUUAACUUAUUGUACGUCCGAGCAUCAUCUUUUUUCCCUUUUCCAAUUUAAAUAAAAUUUAACAUACACAUUAUUGUAUACAUUCUUUCUCUUAGUACCACUAGCUAUGAAUGAGAGAAUUGGCACUAAGUGUACAGAUACACAUUAUUGUCUAUAAUGUUUCUCUUGUACACCUAGCUAUGAAUGAGAAUUGGCAUUAAGUGUAGAGAUAUGUUAUUGUAUACUUUCUCUCUUAGUACCACUAAUGAGAAUUGGCAUUAAGUGUAGGGAUAUGUUUCUUAUGUAGGUACAAAACUACACAUUUUUUUUAUUU